GCCCCCUUAAAGAGGUUGUUCCAUCAGCAUCUUUCCAGCCCAUGAGCAUAAUGUCUGGCGCUUCUUAGAUCCCCAGAUGUUCCUGCUAGAAGGUGGGCAUCAGAAGGUUUCCUGUGAUUCUCAGAGAGGCAGCAGCUCUGUGUCUGGUUAAACCCUCCCCUAACCAUGCAAUUCACUGUACAGCUUUCUGCUCAUUUUCCCUUGUAGCACAGUGGGCUCCGUGUCUAAUCGCAGAGGAAGAACCUAAUAAGGAAUGAGUGAUAAAUCCACUAUCCCCACUAACCUGCUCACCUGUGCCUAGGGCAGAGACCUCUGUUCCCUGCAGCUCUACCCAAGCUCUGCUAAUCAGCUCAUUUGAAGGAAAAUCUUUUGGAUUUUUAAAUGCCUGGAAUAGGAAAUUGUGGCACCCUCAGGAUCCAGCUCCGCUGGGCAGGAGAUUGUGCCAGUCCAAGCAGAAUGGUACAGAGCCUGGGCACCCAGCAUGCUUAGCCUGAGAAUGCUCCAGCAAUGGAGCUGUGGGGGGUGAUUGGCUGUCUCUGGCUGGCAGUGCUGAUCCUUGCAGCGUUGCUGUCCAACGUUGUGGUGCUGAUCUGCUUCCUCAGCUGCCCCGAUAUCCGUGGGCAGGUUCCUGGCUUGUUCACUCUCAACCUGACCUUGUGCAACCUGCUGCUGACUGUCAUUAACAUGCCUCUGACCCUGGUGGGGGUGAUCCACGGCCACCAGCCUGACGGGGAAGGGUUAUGCAUGGCAGCAGGCUUCUUGGAAACUUUCUUGACCAGUAACUCCAUGCUGAGCAUGGCUGCCCUAAGCAUUGACCGUUGGGUGGCUGUGGUCUUCCCACUCAGCUAUCACUCAAAAAUGCGGUACCAGGACGCGGCUGUCAUUCUUCUUUACUCCUGGAUCCACUCUCUAGCUUUCCCCACUGUGGCUCUGUGUCUGUCCUGGAUUGGCUUCCACCAGAUCUAUGGCUCCUGUACGCUGUACAACAAGAGACCAGAAGAAGAAGCUUCCUUCUUGGCUUUUAUAGUCCUCUUCCACCUGCUGAGCUUCCUGCUCUCCUUCCUAGUCCUAUGUGUCACCUACCUACAGGUGCUCAAGGUGGCCCGCUCCCACUGCAGGAGGAUUGAUGUGAUCACCAUGCAGACUCUGGUUCUACUGGUGGAUCUGCACCCCAGUGUCAGGCAGAGAUGUCUGGAGGAGCAGAAGAGAAGGAGGCAACGGGCAACUAAAAAGAUCAGCACGUUCAUUGGGACAUUCCUACUUUGCUUUUCUCCAUAUGUCAUUACCAGGUUAGUGGAGAUUUCAUCAUCGACUCCCAUUAGCUCUCACUGGGGCAUAGUGAGUCGGUGUCUGGCUUACAGCAAAGCUUUGUCCGACCCCUUCGUCUAUUGCCUGUUACGGAAUCAGUACAAGAGCUGCUGCCGGGAACUGGUGAACAAACUGUUAAAGCGCAGCUCCGCCAAUUCUUCCGCCCAGAGGAUGAACUCAUACGUGGGAAGUUUGGUGUUAACCACCGAGCAAUAAGUCUGGCAACACAACCAAGGAACAAGCAACCAAAAAAUAACAUCACACCAAAAUUUUAUUUAUAAAGACAGAUGUUUUUGUAUUGUGAUGGUUCUCCAAAAAUGUAA